AUGGCCGACCUCCCGACCACCUUUGACGAACCCGUCCAUAUUGCCGUGAUUGGCGGUACCGGUCUCCAAAACCUCGCAGGAUAUGUCCCCGUCGCCCUCCUGAACCCUAAGACGCCCUGGGGCUAUCCCUCCGCGCCAAUCAACAUCCUAAAGCACAACGGUGUCCCCAUUGCCUUCUUGUCCCGGCACGGCAAGCACCACGAGAUCGCACCGCAUGAAGUGCCUUCGAGGGCGAAUAUCGCGGCGCUGAGACAUAUCGGCGUGAGGACUAUAAUUGCGUUCAGUGCAGUGGGGAGUUUGCAGGAGGAGAUCAAGCCGAGGGAUUUCGUGGUCCCGGAUCAGAUUAUUGAUCGUACAAAGGGUAUAAGGCCAUUUACCUUCUUUGAGAAGGGAGUGGUCGGGCAUGUAGGGUUUGCGGAUCCAUUCGACGAGAAGAUCGCGAAGGUUGUAAGAGAGUGUGGUCACGCUCUUGCAGGAGAUGGAGUCGUUUUGCAUGAUAAAGGAACUGUCGUCUGUAUGGAGGGACCCCAAUUCUCCACACGCGCCGAGUCAAAUCUCUACCGUUCCUGGGGCGGCUCCGUUAUUAACAUGUCUGCGCUUCCCGAAGCCAAACUCGCUCGAGAAGCAGAGAUGGUCUAUCAAAUGAUCUGCAUGGCUACCGAUUACGACUGCUGGCACUCCAGUGCUGAAGAUGUCGAUGUCGAGAUGGUGAUGGGUCACAUGAAUGCUAACUCUGCCAAUGCAAAGUCGCUGGUUGGAGCAGUGCUUGAUAAAUUGAGCAAGGAGGAGCAUAGCGAUAUGGUUAUGGGGAAGCAUUGGGAGGGCAUGAGUUCAGGCAUGAUCAAGUUUAUGACGAAGAAGGAAGGGAGAGGGGCAGAGGGCGUAAAGAAUGUGGAGUAUUUGUUUCCGGGCGUCUUUGACUAG